AUGAACGAAGUCACUCCGACGGCGACGGAACGCGCCGCGGAGCGGUUCGGUGACGCGUUGCAGCGGGCGGUCACGGCGCUGCAGGCAGACGGAUUCGUGGUGAUCAACGACGUGGUCGACCACACCCACCUCGAUCGGCUGCGGGAGCGGAUGAGCGAGGACCUGGAGAAGAUUCGCGCCCUGCCGGUGGUGCCGCACAACUUCGUGUGGGGCAACAUUCAGCAGAACCCGCCGCCGGAUGCCGACCUGGUGUUCCGUGACGUGAUGGCCAACCCGUUCGUGUGCCAGGUGACCCGCGCGGUGCUGGGCAGCGGCGCGUUCAACAACUGCCUGACCGGCAACACCAACAUCCCCGGCAGCGGGUUGCAACCGGUGCACGUCGACGAUGGGCAGCUCUGGCCGCACCUGAGCGUGGCGCAUCCGCCGGCGCGGCUAGUGGUGAAUGUGGCGUUGAGCGAGACCACGGAGGAGAACGGCGCCAUCGAACUGUGGCCGGGUACGCACCUCGACACGCGUAUGGUGAUCGGCAACAACAUACGGGUGCCGGAGCAGCAGGUCGCCGCGCGGCGAGCGGUGCGCGGGCCGCUCCUGGGGGCUACCCGCAAGGGCGCGGUGCUGAUUCGGGACAUGCGGCUGUGGCAUCGCGGCACGCCCAACCACAGCGCUGCGACCCGUUUCAUGAUCGCCAUGAUCCACACCGUGGCGUGGUAUCGGCGGGGCUCCCGUUGCGAACUGGCGCAGGAGUGUGCGCCGGUGUUCACCGGCUGCGCCAUCGAAAACGUGAUUCCCCUGGUGGCCGUGCCAAAGGACCACCUGACCGGAAACAGGCCGUACGAGUACUCCGGUCCCAACUGA